AGGGUUCCUGUUGCUAUGUGACGUUGGCAGCAAACGUUAAAUUGCUAUGGAUUGAAAAUGAAGUUGUCCGGUCCCUAAACCAAAUCAACUUUUUAUAUCGUUUUAGCAAAUUAACUCUCUUGUUUAUUUAUUUUUUAUCACCAAGCAAGAUACUCGAUUCAGUAUUCAGCAAUGCCUCCUCCAGAUACUAUGUACUGUGCACAGCAAAUCAACAUCCCCCCAGAACUACCAGACAUUCUCAAACAGUUCACCAAAGCUGCAAUCAGAACUCAACCCAAUGACAUACUACAGUGGUCUGCAGCGUACUUCUCUGCCCUGUCCAAAGGAGACACUCUGCCAGCCAAGGAUAGGCUGGAGAUGCCUGUCGCCACACAGAAGACUGAUACUGGAUUGACUCCAGGCCUGCUUAAGGUCCUACACAAACAGCUGGCCCCUAAGGAGACGAUCGGUAAGGAGGAGCUGCAGCAGAAGUGGAAGGGUCUGUGUCUGCCCUCAGAGCAGCUGGACACUCUGCUGGCCCUGGGGAACUUCAGCGACAACAUCCACUGGAUGCAGUUCUUCGCCCUGGGCUGCAGCGCUCUGGGAGGGACCAUCAUCAGUGCCCUGAAGUAUGCGUGUGAGAUCCUGACGGAGAAUGAGGAGGGUGGAGCGGCGAGGAUCCCCUUUGAUACGUUCGUAGGGCUGUACACUUACCUGGCCCACCUGGAUGGAGAGAUCCCCCAGGACCAGAUAGACAGCUUCCUAAGCAGCCUGCAGGAGCCUGUGGAAUGCCAAGGAGGGAUGGUGCAGCCAUCUAACUUCAGGGAUGUGAUUUUUCCUGAAAUGUGAUUUUUCCUGAAACCAGUCAUUCCUGCUUUUCUGUCAUCAUCCUCCAUUCCAACAGCAUUGGAAUUGAUGACUUAUACCCCCAAGAGCAAUAUCCCAUUUUCCCUGUCCUGAAUUAUAAUGUUUUCUGUAUUGUGGACAUGACUUUUUCCAGACCCACAGACUGCACUGAGUAGGACCCAGGACAGGAGGACUCAUUCAAAGACCUGUCUGCCUUUUGCCUGUCUAUGAUACGACAGUAUGUGUGUGUCUGUAUCCAUGUCCCCUCUUAAGGACUAUUUAUUUACUUGCACUUUGGUUCCGGGCAUUAUCAAUCCACUUAGCCUGAAUAAAGUUGUUUUAUAGUAUUUGAA